GUAGAAAAAAAAGUAAUUUGUUUUGUAGAUUGACCGCCUUUUUGAUUUUUAUCGCCAUUUUGAUUUUAAUCGCCAUUUUGAUUUUCUAAACUACGUUUAGGAUCAGCUGAUCCUGCAACAAAGCUCGGUUUAGGUGAGAUGCAGGGUCACCAUGAGACCGCCCUCAGCUCCCAGUCCCCGGCCUCCUUCAACCCCUACCUAGACAGUAUGUCAGGCUACCCAGGCCAGUACGGGAUCUACCCCCACCACUUCAGCAAACUGCGGGGGCCCCACGACCUCAAUGCCUAUGGGGACUACCCAUCUAAACCCCAGCAAGCAGUACCUACUUAUAAAUGGAUGCAAGUGAAAAGAAAUGUUCCUAAACCAGCUCCAAAAUCUGAAGGAUUUUUUGGCGGAGGAGCUGGCGGAAUUAACAACACGGGGCGGACAAACUUCAGUACAAAACAGCUGACGGAGCUAGAGAAAGAAUUCCAUUUCAACAAAUAUUUAACGCGCGCGCGCAGAAUAGAGAUUGCGGCAGCGCUCCAACUUAAUGAAACUCAGGUGAAGAUCUGGUUCCAGAACCGACGAAUGAAGCAGAAGAAGAGGAUGAAGGAAGGUUUGAUCCCCCAGGAUCCGACUCUAACCGGAGAAAACACGUCUCCGUUAUCUCAGAAUAACACGGACUCUAACGGGUCCCUGGACCACACCAAAUCAGAGUCUCCUCCUCCUCAGUGACACAGUGCAGGCCUUGAUACGGCCUGGUAGUUGUACAACGGUACUGUACAGUGCUCUGUGUACAUCAUGUACAGCGGAGGAACAAUUCAUUUUGCGACGCCCUCUGUGCAUUAUUUAAUUAUGACUGGUCGAACUGUGAUUUUUAUUCCUUGAUCGUGAAGUGAGUAUAAGCUUGAACAGCCCUGUAGCUGGUUCCUUCUCUUCUACCCUCCACCCUGUAGAGAGCAUGUUUUAUAAGAAAAGCAUGAAAUGGAUAGAUAGAUGAAGAGAGAGCGAGUUGAGGUUUGCCGCCACCGAACCUCCCGUGCCGCCAAUUCCUCGGCAUAUCUCCUGCCUGCCUCAGCUCAAUACAGAAUUCUAAAUUUUCUGAAAGUUAAUGUUUAAAAACCUGCCUUUAUGGUUUAGUCAAAUAUUAAAAAAACAAAUAUUUUUUCAAUGGCCUGGGCGCCAUUGUUAUAAAUCCAGUGACAAACAGUUUAAAAUGUGUGAAAAGUUUAAAAAAGAGAACAGUGGGGGUGGGGAGAGUACACCCUGCUAGAAUCCGAGAGGGGGGAGGGUGAUCUAUCUUGUUUUGAGAGGGGUGCAGCUGACUUUAAACCAUCUGCUCUCACAAAAAUUGGUGGAAAGUCUGGAAUCUGUAAUCCAGAAGACGAGUUGCAGGUGCGCGCGCCAUUUCGAAAAUACCGCGUAUUUGCUGAUUUUCAGAAUGCGGCAAACUCAUUCAAGAAAAUGCCGCUUAGCAAGUUUUCUCCGGAAAUAUCUCAUCCAAUACCCCCAUUAGACAACAAAGUGAUAUAUGCAUACUUAGUUUGUUUUUGUAAAAUUUGUUAUGUAAACAUAGAGAACUAGUUAUUGAAUAAUAAAUGUAAACGUACCGUUGUACCAAAUCUGCGGGGUGAAAAAGAAAGAAUUUCAUCAGAUUGAAAAUAAACCAAAAACAUUUUUUCUUACAUUCAUCCAACUAUCAUUGUUCAGCUUUAAAGAAACCUAUCUUCGUGUUUAUUCUUAUUUUUAUUCCAUAGAAAAACUUUCUUUAUCUUUGUUUACUUUAAUCAAUGUGCAAUUAAAAGGUUUAGUCAUUUAAACCGGGAUUAUCCAGUAAACCUCCUAUAAAUGUGAAUU